GAAUCUCAAGCGCUGUGAAACGUGUUGUCAGAGAAAUAUUGUUACCUUCUGAGAAGCAGCACCUGGUACUCAAGGGGAAAAAUAACUUUUUGGUGCACGAUUUAUACGGCAAUAAACCGGAAUGACGGAUACAAUACUGUCCAACGGACACACAGAGAACAAUGUGGUUGAUAGUGGCUAUUUCAAAAAGGGCUGUAACCCCUUUGCACAGACGGGGCGAAGCAAGCUGCAGAACGAGCGUGCCUCUCUGAACCAGCAGAUCAUUAAGGAGAUGCGAAUGAGGGCCGGUGCUGAAAACCUUCUGAGGGCAACCACAAACAACAAGGUCCGGGAGAUGGCGGUGCUGGAGCUGAGCUAUGUCAACUCCAACCUGCAGCUUUUAAUGGAGCAUCUGGAAGGCCUCAACAGCUCUGUAGAAGUCUAUCAGAGCGUAGAAGAGACUUCCAGCCUUCCUCUAAUUCCACUGGGUCUAAAAGAGACAAAAGAAGCAGAUUUUUCAGUCCCUUUUAAGGACUUUAUAUUGGAGCACUACAGUGAAGACGGCUCAAAUUAUGAAGAUACAAUUGCAGAUCUUAUGGAUCUACGACAGGCUUGUCGAACUCCGAGCAGAAGCGAAGCUGGCAUCGAUCUGCUGAGCAGCUAUUUCAGUCAGCUCAAUUUUGUGGAAAACAGAUUCUUCCCACCCAGCAGGCAGAUGGGGAUUUUCUUCACAUGGUAUGACUCCUUCACAGGAGUGCCAGUAUGUCAGCAGAACAUCGCCUUGGAGAAAGCAAGCAUACUUUUCAACACCGGAGCUCUCUACACACAAAUAGCUACGCGCUGCAAUCGGCAAAACCGGUCCGGACUGGAGAGCGCUAUUGAUGCCUUUCAGAAAGCUGCAGGCACACUGAACCACCUGAAGGAGACCUUCACGCACACCCCCAGCUAUGACAUGAGCCCCGCCAUGCUGAGCGUGCUCACCAGGAUGAUGCUGGCACAGACACAGGAGUGUGUGUUCGAUAAGAUCGCACUGCCUGGCAUCAAGAACGAGUACUUCUGUCUCUGCAGAAUGGCACAGGAAGCAGCCAAGGUGUGUGAUGUGUAUAGUCUGGUAUACCAGUCGAUGAUCCAGACUCCAGUUAAGGACCACGUCCCCUUCUUCUGGUCAGCCAUGGCACAGGUGAAGAUGAACCACUACAGAGCUCUGGCACAUUACUUUGUGGCCACUGCACUGCUGGAUCAUGAGUUGUGUCCCAAUGACGAUGAGGACAAGCAGGAAAAAGCCUUGUCCCAGCUCUAUGACAGCAUGCCUGAUGGGAUGUCAUCACUGAAAAUACUCAAGAGCAAGGAUGAUCGCAAACACUUAGGCAAGGCACACUUACGGAAAGCCAUCCUGGACCACGAAGAGGCUCUGAGGAUACACAACUUGUGUAGACACGUGAAAAAGCUAGAUAUCCUGCAGGAGAUUCUACAGGCUGGGCAUAAGCGAUCAUUAAACAAGUAUUCUGAAUUCAAUUCGGAAAAUGACUUCGUAGAUUUCAUUGAAGCACCUCAAAUCAUUGCCAAAACAGAGCAAAAAGCUGAAAUGGCAGAACCUUCCUCAUCAAAGGUGAAAGUCACAGACUUUUUCCAAAAGCUGGGCCCCCUGGCACUGUUCUCAGCUAAGCAGAGGUGGACGGCCCCUCGAGGGGUGCACAUCACCCUGGAGGAGGGGGACCUCGGCUUCACACUGAAGGGAGAUGCGCCAGUGCAGAUCCAGUCCCUGGACCCGCUGAGUCCUGCUGCUAUAGAAGGAGUGAAGGAAGGAGACUACAUUGUUUCAAUCCAGGAUACAGACUGCAAGUGGCUGGGGGUGAGCGAAGUCAUGAAGAUGUUAAAGAGUGGUGGAGAUGAGGGCGUGGAUAUUCAAGUCAUCAGCCUCAUGGAAAACACAGUCUCCUCUAUGCCUAACAAGAGCGCCACCUACUGUGGAGGACUACCAAAGACCUACUCCAUGAUCUGCCUCGCCAUGGACGAUGACAAGAUUGGCAAAACACAGAAAGUCACCAAGAAGCUGGCCUUCCUGAGCUGGGGCAACAAGAACAAGCAGAAGACUGCCAGCACUCUCAGCCUCCCCUCAGCCGUCGCAAAAACCUUACCUUCCAAAAACAGACUGUCCACAGCCUUCAGCAACACGGACAGCUCUCUGUAUUAGCGGCUUGCAGAGUUUCAGAUUGCAUUGUAUUGUAUUUGAAUUAUAUUGAAUAACAUAAUGUUACUUUUUUAAGCAUUUUACAAAACAACAACAACAAAAAAAACAUUGCACAUUUUUAGAGCUGUAGCAGUGUCAGUACUGGUAUUAAGAUUUGUUUGUUGUUUUAUUUUGUUUUGUUUUAAAAGUGCUGCUUGUUAGUUUUAUAAUGAAUCUUCUUGUAUUACAAAUGGUAAACUGGGAAAAGAAGGGCUGUGUUUAACUUGUACAGUUUACUUCAGAAUAAAUCGGCAUUCUUAGUUUAGAAUAGAAAUUAAUCAAAAAUAUAAGAGAAUGUAAAAAUAGGAAGUUUAUGACAAGUCUUGGUAAAGACCUAACUACUCCUCGAAACCUAUCCUGCUGCUGAUUUUGAAGGAUUUGUAUAGUGGUAACUUUUUCUAUUUGCUUGUUAGACACAAAUGGAUGGUAUAUAUUUUAGUAAUACAAUAGGUCUCUUGUUAGUCAAUAGUAGCCUCAGUAACAAUAUCAGAGAAAUGGUCGAACAGGUUUAGAAUAUGCACAGAAUGGUAAAGGGUUAGAGGCCCAAUCGACAAUACUGUUAACCCACACUUUCUUUAAGAGUGUCAAGGGUUAAAAAAAUAAUUUCACAAGCACAUUUUCAGAGGAAUAAAAGAUUUUUCAAUUAUCGAAAUAGUCUAAUAGAACAACGGCUCCAUCCUUUAAUCAAAUCGCUGUUCACACAAACUAAAUAUUGUGAGACAAGCAUGUGCUGAGGAUAUGAUGCAUUAUCGUAGUUGUGAAUAAGGCACAAGUUGAUUCUUGUGUUUUUAAACCGCUGUUUAAUCUGUCUCUGAAAAGGACACUAUUUAGAGCGGUUUGUGGUCAAAUAACCAAUACUGAUAAGGAAAAUUAGCAGUGCAAUAGUACCUUCCAGAAAUCCUAUUCAUAAACAAGGUUUAGAAAAAAUGGUAAAGCAAGUUAAAGUUUUGUAACAGGGCCCAAAUUGCUUUAGAUGACCAAAAACUCACACUUUAACACAGAGUUAGAGUCUUAUGCUGUCUACAGGGUAGAUUCCAGUUUACACCAUGUUUGAUACUCAAAUACAUCAUUAUAGAUACAAUUGUACUUAAAAAAAGAAAAAAAAAAAAAAAAAAUAUAUAGCAUACUGCAAUGUGUAAAUAAUAAAAUGUAGUUUUAUAUUUGUAAUAUGUGGUUUGCUGUGGUAUAUGGUACAUAUGAUGAAUACAUACCACUUUCUGUUUACUAUGGUAUUUAAGAAGGAAGUUCAAAGUGCGUGGUCUAGAAUUGGUUGCCAUAUUUUGAGUUCCUGCUCUAGAAGGAUGUUUUAUUUUAAAAGGUUGUCAUGGUAACUGUUACCAUUUAGUAUUUUUUUUUUUUUUGCCAAUUAAGUGUCCUUGAUUCACAAAUCACUUUAACUCAUUAAUUCUUUAAAGAAUGGUUUUAUUAACAAAGUACAGUUUACAUUUCAUGAAACUUUUAUAGACUGCUGUAUGCUUGUUGAACAACAUUUUUAUUCACGAAAUAACUAGUGAGUUAAAGCUUUGUGAAUAGGGACUUUUCUGUUGCGAGUUAUGUAUAGGUGUUUUGUAUUUAGGACCAGUUUUAAAGGACAAUAGGAAGUAAUGUUAAAGGGACCAUUUUAUCAAGUCAAAAUGGUUUGACUUUUGAAUAAAAAUAAUCCUUUUGAUGCUUUUUUUUUUUUCUUGGCUAGCUAAUAUGAUUUGAAAACCAGAGCCCAACAUAAAAAAUUAGAUUUAAAUAAUUGUGUGUGUGUGUUUGUGUAUAUAUAUUAUUUAAAUGUAACAACAAUUUUGUUUUAUCAAUUUAUUGAUAUAUCAUUUGGGGAUUAGGUACACAGUUCCUAAAUGUUACCCAUUGUGAUCAAAAGGUAGCUUUGACUGUUAAUGAGGGUCAGAAACUUGUAUGAUUCGAGCACUAGACUGGAGGGAGAUAUGAUGCUUGAUUCUGCCACCUGGUGAGAACCAAAGGAACUACAUUUGAUGCCAACAAAUAUCAAGUGUGUCACAUUAUGGGGUUAAUUGAUAGGAAAAAAAUAAUAUUAAAAUGUACACAAUAUGUACAUGUAGUAACACCGCACCAGGAAUAUUUAUUUGUUUAUAUACGUAGAUUUGCUUCUUUGAAAAAGUGCCAACAGCUUACAAGGGAUGGUUAUCAUAAUCCAAUCUUAUAAUAGUUGAAAUAAAAAAAAUUAAGUAUUAAUGAAAAACAUUUUGCUGAUACAGCAUAUAAAUGAUAUAUACAUUAUAAUUUGUGUAUCUCUGCUAUACAAAGAUUGUACAGACUAAUGCAAAUGUUACAUAUCUAUUUAUAUAUUCUUCACCUGUGUCCUGGAGGAUUUUGCUUGUUAAUUAAACUGUGUUGAUCUGUGGGGUCGGUUUUCCUGGUACCUGUAUGAUUUUCUGUAUUAAUGAAAAUAAAUGUUACUUUUUUUCA